CCAACCUUCUAAGGUAAAGUCAUGAACUUCAAAACAAGUUUCAUUAGGUGUCGUGUUCAUCGUUGUCUUCACCAAGUAUUGUUUAAUGUUAAUGUUAACAAAAUAAUUAACUAUUAUCAAGUGUUGUUUUAUACUGAGUUAUGUACUCAAUACAGUGACGUUAAUAAAUAAUUUUGCACAAUCAUCAAGAAUAUAUUUACCCUGAAAAACAAGUUCAAACUUGUUUGAAGAAAUAUGCAGUACAAUAACCUCAUUCAGUGAAUUGUAAACUGUAUUUUUUGUGACGCUAAAACAAGACAAAAUAAUAAAAAUGGUGGCUGGUCCUACAGAACACGGCAUACAAGCAGAUGUAAUAUUUGUCAUUGAAGGUACAGCUGUUAAUGGAGCCUAUCUUAAUGACCUCAGGACAAAUUAUCUCCUUCCAACACUCGAAUAUUUUAAUCAAGGUUCCAUUGAAGAUAGAGAAUAUGUUUCAGAGAAUAGUGCAACAUUGUACGGUAUAGUGGUAUAUCAUGCUGCUGACUGUUUACCAGCACCCUGCACGGAAACUUUUGGACCUUAUGCUAACCCCCACAAGUUAUUACUUGUCCUAGAUAAAUUAGAGAUGGUUGGUGGGAAAGGAGAAUCUUAUGCAAAUAUUGGAGAGGGUCUUGCCACUGGAUUACAAUGUUUUGAGGAUUUACAAUUACGACGUGAACCAAAUACAGCAUCACAAAAACAUUGCAUUUUAAUUUGUAAUUCUCCUCCAUAUCAAACAGUUAUACAGGAAUCAUACAAAUUUGCUGGCCAUUCUAUAGAGCAGCUGGCUGCUCUGUAUCAAGAGAGAAACAUUAAUCUUUCAAUACUGUCACCUAGAAAAAUACCCGCAUUGUUCAAGCUGUUCGAAAAAGCUGGAGGAGAUCUGCAGUCAUCUCAAACCAAAAAUUAUGCUAAAGAUCCACGACAUUUGGUGCUGUUACGUAACUAUAACUUGAAGGAAAGACCUGUUAGUCCUCCGCUUCCAGGAACUGUUCACCCUACUCAAGGCACUGCUGCUCAAAUCCCAUUGAGCCCACUGCAAAGUAACGACAGUCCGAAUACAAAUCAAGUUCAACAAAAUAUCGCUCAACCUACCCAACAACAGGGUCCUCCAUUCAGAAAUCAAACUCCUCAGAAUAUUACGUCGGUUCAUCAAACAGUAGUACCGAUUGCGGCUGCUAUGAAUGCUGGAAGGCCUCCCUACAAUCCUCAAAUAUCUGCUCCACCAACUUACCACCCGACAGGUGUGCCAGCAAGAACAGGCCACACAAGGUGGAGACCUUUCGUUACACCAGGAACUACUGGACCAGCAAAUACACAAAGCAGUGCUUUGAUAGCGCAAUUGAACCAGCCUCCUUCAUUGGGACUCAAUGUAACACCGUUUGGUCAAAGAAUGGACGUAGCCAAUACCAAUGUCAUGGCUGCCAAUGCGCAACAACAACAACAGCAGCAGCAGCAACAACAGCAACAACAACUUACACAACAACAACAGCAACAAGUGACAUUUACCAUGCGAUUGCAGCAGCAGCAACAACAACAGCAAAACGUACAACAACAAGCUUCGAUGCCUAUGCAAGCUCAGCAGUCUCAUGGACAAGGAGCACCGCAACUUACAGUGUCAUGUGUCAGUCAGUCUGUACCUACACAAGUUCCACAAACGGUGACUGCUUCCCAAACGCAGGCAUCAGUAUCGUCGGUUAGUCAGCAACAGCAAGUACCACAUUCUCAAGCACAGGGUAACAUAAGCGCUGGACCUGUAGCUGGCCCACAAAUUGCAGCAGCAAGAGAAAGACAUACGAUUUGGCAAGGUAUGAUCGAAUGGGUUGAGAAAGCCAAAGCACCCUCGGACACACAGAAACAGACAAGACAUCUGCCUUGUCAAGUUUCUGCAAACUUGAAGGACGGUGAUCCAGAAUUGAAAGCCGAUACUUGGCCACAGAAGCUACUUAUGCAAUUGAUGCCCAAGCAUCUGAUAGGAAACAUUGGAGGAUCUUAUUUGAAGAAUUCUAAAUCUGUUUUGUUCCAUCCAACGGCGUGCGAGGCAUUAGACUCUUUGACUAAAGUUAUGAGCUCUGGAUUUGCAGGGUGUGUUCACUUCACUUUUCCUCCACCGACACCGAGCUGUGACAUAAAAGUACUUAUUCUCCUGUACACGGCUGAGAAAAGGACAUAUUUAGGAUUCAUUCCAAACGAUCAGUCAGGUUUCGUGGACCGUCUUCGAAAGGUCAUUCAACAACAGAAAACAUCUCACGCUUCUAUCAGACAAGGACAGGCUGGACCUGCACAGGGAAAUGCAAUAACUGGACCAAUGCCCACUACGGGUACAUCACAAGGUGGCAUUCUUAUGUCUCAAACGAAUACUGUGGCAAUGGGAGGAGGUCAGAUAACUCAAAAUGUAGUCCCUUCGAAUGCUGCGCAACAAACAUUGACUUCAUCCGCUGGUCCUCAAAAUCAAAUAAGUAUGCAGGCUGGCCAAAUUACUGGUCCCCAGGUUGCUACAUCUUCCGGCACAAUGAUAGGCCAACAGAGACCACCGUUUGACGAUAUAGAAAUAGCUAGGCACCACAACCUGUUGAAAAUCCAACAGCUGCGACAAACGUUGGAAGCCGCGCAACAGCAAGAGGCGCAGUACAAGUCGCAAUUGGAAGUGAAUAUUCAACAAAAUUUAGAAGUUGCACAACAACAAGAAAUGCAGUAUAAACAACAAUUGGAGAAAAUUUGUGUGCAGGCUCAGCAAGCGCAAAGAGCUCUUAAUCCUGUCGGUAUGGCCAAUCAACAAGCAAACGCGCCGAGAUUAAUGCGCCCUGGUUCAAAUAUGGGCCUCAGACAUUUAUUACAACAACCACAACCACCGUAUAGGCAACAAGUACUUGGACUGCAGCAACAAAUUGUUGGAGCCAGGGGUCAAAUGCCAACCAGGCCAAUGGCUCCUGGUAAUCCACAGAAUCAGCAAUUCGAGGACGUCUCUAAUUAUGAUUUCCUUGGUUAGGUAAUUUAAGUAGCGAAAAUUUUGUCAAUGUAAUAUUGUAUUUAAGUAAAUUAUGCAUCAGUAGUAUUAGUUGUUUUGAUACAUUUUACAUGUGUAUAACGUAAAUAGCUUAGGAUUCUUAAUAUGUAAAAAAAUAUAUGUGUUAAGACUACAAAGUGUAUAUUUCUAUCUAGGAUGAGCAAGGAACACAAUUUACUAAUAGAUACAUCAUUUAAAGCAAUAGCAAUAAAUAUGUAAAGAUUAUUUAUAUUUUAACAUGUGUAUUACUGUAGAUAUUAUUAAUGUGUAACCUAAUAAAUUAAUUCAUCAAUUUUAAA